AUGUCAUCGCCAUCAAGACAAAUCAAAUGCGUUGUCGUAGGAGAUGGUACUGUAGGUAAAACGUGUAUGUUGAUAUCGUAUACAACGGAUUCAUUCCCUCUUCAAUAUGUGCCGACUGUGUAAGUUCAGUUUUUUUUUUGAGAAAAAAACUGUGAAUUGAAUCUGUAAGACUAGUGAGAAUCCCCAUUCGAUGAAACUGGAGAUAUGAAAAAAUUUCGUGAGAACCUGGGCCUCUUUUCAAAUUGAAAGCUACUUGCGUAAUUUUUUUCGGAGUUGGAAACUGUACUUUCGGUGAUAGAGUUUUUUUUCGAAAAAAGCAAUUAGUGUGAAUUCAAAACGAAUUCAAAAUGUCCAUAAACAUCACAAUUUCAACUCGAGACAUCAAAUUCCUAAUGAAAGAUCGGUUACGACUCUGGCAUAUUCUAUUUUUAUAAAAUACGUUUUAUCAUUUCAUUGUCCUAUCUUCAUUAUUUGGAAUUUUGACUAUGAAAGUUGUGAAGACCUUUUUCAGUGAGUUCAAUAGCAUUCUCAAAAUGUUCGUUUUUGCAGAUUCGAUAAUUAUUCAUCACAAAUGUCGAUUGAUGGAAACAUAGUGAAUUUAGGAUUAUGGGAUACAGCUGGACAGGAAGAUUAUGAUCGACUUCGCCCUUUGUCUUAUCCACAAACUGAUGUAUUUAUCCUUUGCUUCUCUGUAGUUUCGCCAGUUUCAUUCGAUAAUGUGGCCACAAAAUGGAUUCCCGAAAUUCGUCAGCAUUGUCCAGAUGCACCAGUGAUUUUGGUUGGUACAAAAUUGGAUUUACGCGAUGAGCCAGAACCAAUUCGCGCAUUACAAGCAGAAGGACGAGCACCAAUUACCAAGUCGCAGGGACAAAAGAUGGCGCAAAGAAUUAAGGCUGUUAAAUAUUUGGAAUGUUCUGCGUUGACACAACAUGGAUUAUCAAGUGUUAGUUUUUUUUCGGAGAUAAUUAAGAAAAAUAUGUAAUGUAUUGAUUUUCAGGUAUUCGAAGAUGCAGUUAGAUCAAUUCUCAAUCCAAAGCCUAUCAAAAAGAAGAAAUCAUGCAAUGUGAUGUGA